AUGAACGUCAAGGUGGUGGUUUUCUUCGCCCUGGUGGCGCUCGCCUUCGCGGAGGAAGUAAAAGAGUCAAAGAAGGCAGAAGGCACGAAGAAGGACAAGCGUGGCUUGUACGGCGCCCUAGGCUACGGCUAUGGUAUCGAUGGAUUAGGAUAUAACCUUGGUGGACUCAGCUCGUACUCAGCACUCCCGCUCGGCCUGAACCAAGGCAUCUCCACCGUCCUGACGAAGGAAAUACCUGUGCCCGUGCCUCAUCCGGUCGCCGUGCCCGUCGAGAAACAAAUCCCGGUUCCCGUUAAGGUGCCAUACGCCGUGCCAGUCGACCGUCCAUAUCCUGUUCACGUGCCCAAACCCUACCCAGUUGAAGUCACCAAGCACGUUCCCAUUCCAGUAGACCGUCCUGUAGCCGUACCCUACAGCGUCCCCGUCAAAGUGCCAGUUCCAGCCCCGUACGCUGUCAAGGUACCGCAACCGUACGCCGUUCCCGUCAUCAAGCACGUACCCGUGCCCGUCGCAUCGCAGCCCAUUCUCUACACAAAAUUGCACUCCAAUCUUGGAUACUACGGCGGCCUAAGCAAUUUGGGAUACUCCUCCUCCUCCUGGUAA